UUAAAAUGUUAAUAUAAAUAUUAAUUUGAUAUUAUUAAUAUGAAUGAUUAUCUCAUUUUCUCGCAAUAACUCGUUUUUGAUUAUCUUCGUCAAACUUCAGCUGAAUCUGGAAUUUUUGGCAGAUUGUUAUGCAAAUAGAGAAAAAUUUUUAAUUCGUUAUUUCUUAACAUUGUCAAAAAACGAUUGUAAUAUUCAAGUUAAUUGAACAAAAUUGCUUUUAGUCGUGAUAUUCGAUAAAGAUAAUCAUGUAUAUGAUAUAUCGCUUUUUUACUAGCAUAAUCUUUGCGAUGAUAAACGCGACAGUUGUGUUGUACAUGUGUCAACGCUUUUUCCGAGUGAUGAGAGCACAUUAUCAGAUCAUGGCCGAAGCCGAUAGAUUUAAUUCAAUCAUUUCUGAAUCACGUGCGAGCCUCGAUUACAUCAGCUCGAAAGUAUCCGAAGGAAUGGAUCAGAUGAAGGAGGACAUUGCCAAAGAAUUGUUUAUUACUGAUCACUUAACAAAUCUGAGUUCGAAAGUAGGCCUGUUACUGCGACGUUAUUCUAAACUGGAGGAAGAGUUGAUCGAGCUAGUACGAAUGAAUCACAAUAUGAAGAGCGUGCGAAUUGAGACACCAACUGACAUCAAUGAGGAAGUGAAGAAUCUCCUCAUGACGGCGAGAAAGGGACAAUCGCAGCAACAACCACAGCUAUCAGAUCCUCCGCGAACACCGAAGAAGUUGCGGAUAUCAACAAAUGCUUCUAUAGGAUCAAAGGAUUCUCAACCGCACAAUUUUAUCACAAAUUCGAGGUUUCUUAAGUCGCAGUCAUACGAAAUCGCUAAUCUCUCAAACGUAACAAUGCCUGAGAGACAAGAACGACCACGUACACCCGCUUAUCCGGAAGUGCAAUUAUUGAAUGAUCCGAGACCUGCAACUGAUGAAAAGGCUAUUGGCUUCCGACCCUCCUGGAAGUGCAACUUAGAAUGAUUGUCGAUUAAACCUGUUGUAUCUUAUUUUUUUUUUUUUUU